UUAAACUUAUUCAAAUUUAAUAAUUUAGUACAUAUAAUGGUUAAUGUAAAUGCCAGUAAAUUACUUUUUGCUACAGCUUCGAUAGAUGCAGAUGAAGCAGAAAAACAACGUCGAUUAUUUAUACUUGGAUUAAUGAUAUUAUUUGGAUGGAUGUUAGUUAUUGUAUUUUGUGUUUAUCCACAGUUAUUUUCUGAUUUAUUUACUCGAUAUUUGUGUUGCUGUUUUACAAGAUUAUCGGGUAAAAAACAACAAGGAUUAGAAGAAUUGGCAGCUUUGAAGCGAGAACAAGAACGUGUUCGAACAUCAAACCGAACAUUCAUUGGGCUUUCAUUGGCAACCACAAGCCCUUCAAAUAUUUUGCUCAAACAGGUUGGAUUCGAUGGAAAUAUGGUUGAAUAUGAUACACAAAGGAAACAAUUUGUUUCUGCCAGUAUAGCAAUUCCAGAGUCAAUUUUAGAAAUCGAGGAUAUUGAUUAUAAAGAAAGUGAAGAAGAGGAGGAAGAUAAAAUAGAAAGAAGUAAAAGGGAAUCACAAAAAUCAAAAAAAUCUAACAAGAAAUUACAUUUAAAAGAUGCUCAAUAA